AUGGUUUUACUUUUAGCCCUUUUAUGCCUCACAAGUGUUGUAAAUGUGACAGAACAAAAGAUAAAUUCAGAAAAUAUCACACGGAUUUUAGACCGACUGCUUGAGGGGUAUGAUAAUCGACUACGACCAGGUUCUGGAGUCUCUGUUACUGAGGUAAAAACAGACAUAUUUGUCACAAGUUUUGGACCAGUUUCUGACGUUAAGAUGGAGUUUACUAUGGAUAUGUUUUUCCGUCAAAUGUGGGUUGAUGAGAGAUUAGCGUUUGAAGGUCCCAUUGAAAUCUUACCAUUGAACAACCGCAUGGUCGACAAGAUCUGGACACCUGACACGUUCUUUCGUAAUUCAAAGCGGUCUCUUUCACACAACAUGACCUCUCCCAACAAGCUGUUUCGCAUUAUGCAAAAUGGCACGGUCUUUUACACCAUGAGGCUAACUGUGAGUUCAGAUUGUCCAAUGCAGCUGAGGGACUUUCCUAUGGAUGGGCAUGCAUGUGCACUUCUGUUUGGAAGCUAUGCUUAUACAAAUCGUGAAAUUGUCUACACGUGGAGGAAAGGUCUCGAAGGGUCUAUAGAUGUGCCACCUGAGUCUUCAAGCUUACUCCAGUAUGAUCUUGUGCGGCAUACCUUGUCCAGUAAAACAUACAGGUUCAGCACAGGUCUAUAUUCUGUCCAGGUUGUUCAUUUCUAUCUUCAGCGAAAGCUCGGCUACCAUCUAAUCCAGACAUACAUCCCACUGAUUAUGGUGGUCGCUCUCUCCCAAGUCUCUUUCUGGAUCAACAAGGAGUCUGUUCCUGCUCGUACAGUGGCUGGUAUCACCGCCGUGCUCACCAUGACUACCCUAAGCAUCAGUGCCCGUUCCUCACUGCCCAAGGUCUCGUACGCCACUGCCAUGGACUGGUUCAUCGCCGUCUGCUUUGCCUUCGUGGCUUCGGCUCUCGUCGAGUUUGCCGCCGUGAACUACUUCGCCACGCUGGAGGCCAACAAGGAAAAGCGCAGACUCUCCAGGGGCUCCAUUCUGGAGUCUGUAGCCCAGGGCAGCGAUGAUGAACCAGAGUCGCCUCAGUCUGAAAACAGCGGCAAUAGUCGUAAGAGACGGCUAACCUCUCUGUCUGAAGCGCCCAGGACUCGCUACCCCAUCUUUCUUCAGGGCUCGGCCGUCCCACCCAAUAUGAUGCUGGCGGGCACCAGUGCCAUAGACACAUACGCCCGCAUCCUUUUUCCUCUGGCCUUUGGGAUAUUUAACCUUGUCUAUUGGUAUAUCUACCUCACCAAGGACACCAUGGAAAAAGCCAGGGAGAUCGAGUGAAUUUCUCUCGUGACAUAUUCAGCAUCGAGAUCAUGUAGACGGCUACAGAGGACUCGGCAUGCUCUCCUUGGACCUCUCUCUUCCUCUCGGUCCCCGUCUGUCUUUCACUUUCGUCAUCUAGCAACUUCAUCCCUGAUAGAGCACAAGCUUGUCUGACAGUAUGUGACAAGCAUCUGAACUUGUUUUUAUCUCCUAUAUGUACUUUCCACUUCAUUUGCCUUUACAUUCACAGCUGUAAGCCACGUCAUUAUGCUAACCCGGGUACAUCUAUGGGUAGCACACUAAGGAGUUGAUGACAUAAUCUGCAGCUCCAACUGGUGAUGCAACAUUGAACCAAUGCUUUUAGUGGGCUGCCCUCUACAGAGACACGCUUCGCACUGCACUAGAUCAAAAGCGGCCGGGUUUAUACUGACAGCUUCAAAGAUUUCACGUUCAGAGAAAAGGAGAAGUGUAUGCACAGAACUGAACUUUGACAAACAUCGUUCCUAGCCCAUCCACACGCACGCACGCACGCAUGCAUGCAUAGUGGCUGUAACAGAGGGAUAAAUUGUAUGUAAGAGUGGGCGUGCGUGUAUAUAAUGUAUGUUUAUUUAAUUUGUUGUCUGCUGUUCCUCUGUGUAUCCUGUUUUCAGCAGAGAGAAUGUUGUACUGUGUGCGUUGUGUUUUAACUCUGCUGCUAUCAUGAAUUUAAGAAAUUCAUAAAACAAUUAUGCUCAUUUAAAACCCAUUUGGAGGAGCCAUUGGUACUGAAGAACAAACAUGUGGGCAAUGAUGUACAAUUUCUCAACAUACAUUGGCAUUAUAUUGUAUAUGAACAAUUUUAAAUGAGUUGACACUAACAUUUUAUAGCAGACAUUUAACAUUUCCUCUUGUAGCACAGUACAUUUUUCAAAAAGUACACCUUUUUAAAGGUUGCAUAUUUGUAGCUCAAAGAUACAUUGUUGUACUUAAAUAGUUCAUAUAGGGACCUUUUAAAAGGCAACUGUCUCAGUGAAUUAUUAUCUGACAGUGUAGAGCAUUGCAAGUUUUUGGGUUGAAAUCCCAGGGAACAAGCAUUCUGACAAAUAUG